AUGUCGGCGAGCAUGGAACAAGCCUGCAUGUUGUGUCGUCGGGAAGAUGCUGACCCAGAUAUUUGUGGGUCCACAGUGGAGAGAAAUGGGAUCUGUGCCCAUGAAUUUUGCCUGCGUUUUGCCAAGAGGCUCUGUGACCAGAGGAGUGACACUGAAGCAGUCAUGAUAUUUUUUGUCACGGAUGUCAGGUGCAUGAUUGAGCAGGCAGCACAGAAGCACUGCUUCGUCUGUGGUGAGAGUGGGGCCAGCAUCACCUGCUGGGAGAUGGACUGUGACCGCAGCUUUCAUUUGCCCUGUGCUGUGGAGGGUGAAUGUGUCACUCAGUUCGUUGCUCCAUACAGGGCCUUCUGCUGGGAGCACCGCCCGCAGCAGGCAGUGGAGGAAACUCCAGAGGACAAUAACAUCUGCCUCAUCUGUUUGGAUCCUGUGGGGGACAAAAAGUCCUACAGUACCCUGGUGUGCCCAGCGUGCAAGCACGCCUGGUUCCAUAGGGGCUGCCUCCAGGGACAGGCUAUGAGCAAUGGAUUUACAUGUUUCCAGUGUCUGAUCUGCAGAGACAAGGAUGUCUUUCGUCCAGAAAUGUGCACCCUGGGGAUCCGAAUCCCCUUAAGUCUGCCAUCGUGGGACAGCCAAGCAUUUGCAGAACUAAAUGCGAGGCACAGCCGCUGUGAUGCCUGGGAGUGCUUUUGCCUAGGAGGCAGAGAGCAGGUGGAGGAAGAGGGGUAA